AUGGCGACAGAGGUCCAAUAUGACAUCGUUCAGAGAUUCUUGGAAUACAGUCUGGUGAGAAAAGUUCAUGUCAAGGCUACCAAUGGUGAAACACUGCUUCAGUUCUAUACAGAAAGAAACAACCUUGGGCAGUAUGACAAUGCUGUGGUACGAGUGCUUGAGUGCGAAAAGCUGCUCCACAGCACCAAGCCCAGUGCAGAAAUGUGCCUCCGUGUGCAGCUGGGCACAACAGAGGCCAGCUCUAAAGCUCGCUCACAGUUACAAGCCAUGUAUGAGUCCACCAGAGCUCAACGUCACUGCUGGAACUUUUGGUUCUUUCUUUCGUGUUUCCUCCUUCCUUCUGUUUUCUACUACCUUGACGUGUACACGGAUAUCCUCUUGGCUGUAGAAUAUUACCAGGACUACAUGCGGAACAACACCAACGAAACCAGCUAUUCUGGAGACAAUCAAACUCAGGGGGAAGAUUUACAAGAGGAGAACCAACGGAAGUUCAUGGACAUCUUUGAGGACAUCACAGACUCCCAGUACAAGAUUAACUUCGUGUUAACCAUGUUCUUCAUUCUGCUGCCCAUCACUCUUCUCUCCAUGUGGAACCUUUAUAUCCACGUUACACAGCCAGACAUUCUUCCAGUUUUCCGUCGCUUACCCAGCUUUCUACGAGUGUCUGUGUACACCUUCAUCUUUCUCACACCUCUCGCACCCAUCAUGGCAUACCUGGAAAAUACUUACGCGCAGAUGAAACACAUGAAUGUGACUGCCAGACAGAUGCAAGAGGUGGAUUCAAAAUCAUACAAUAGUUUCCCGACACACGGUAACACCAAGACUUACCGGCACCACAUGCGAGAUAUGAAAAUUCGUAAAUACUACGAUCUGAAGCAUGUAGCACAAAUGAGAGUUGCCAUAACUAACGUGAUGGAAGCCACUCUGGAGUCUGCCUUUCAGCUCAUCUUACAAUUGUAUAUAGUUGGCACUCGUUAUACCGAGCUGGAUAAGGUGAAGGAUGUUACCCUGGGCUCCAUCCUCUCAUUAUCUCCUCGUGGGACAGAUACACAGUUGUCCAAACAAGUGUUCUCCGUGCUCAUAUCACUGGUCUCUCUCACCUGGUCGUUCACCUCGUACCAUCGUUUUUCCAAACUGGGCGGCCUCACUAUCCUCAAUGCACUGCCAUUGCUUUUUGCCAUAUUCUUCCAGGUCGUAUCGAGGGCAAUAGCAUGUACGCUUUUCACUCUGGCGUACACUUGGAAGGUGUUUGUGGUGCUGGGUAUUCACUUCGUUAUCGUGCUGGUGUUCAAGUUGAAGCUUGAGGAGAGGUAAGUUUGUUUUCUAGCUUUUGUAACCUUGUUCAAGACUGCACUGCAAAGCUGUUGGAACCUAAAACUUCCUUCAGGUAAAGUGAUCCAAGACAAUACCAUGGAGUUCAAUGGAACCUCAUAACUUCAUCCAAGUAAAUAGAGUGGAAAACUUGAAAAUAGGU